CACCGUGGGCCUAUCGAAGCUCGUGGAUGAUGCGAGCAUUUUGUUGCGGACGAACAAUUGCGCAUCCACCACCACCACCAUGUCGCAGCCUGCCAUAGUAAAGCACUACACGCGCAUCCUCGCGCUCUGGCCCAAGGACCUCCUCCGCCCGAACCUGCCCUUCACACGCACCAUCGAGCGACGCGCCACACCCUAUGGCGUGAAGCCCGUAUCGCCGCCCAUCGACGAGGCAGAAAAGAAGACUGCGGCCGCCGCUGCAAAGCCUGCGCCCAUAGCAAAAUCAACCCCGCAAGCCGAGUUGCCACAGAUCAAUGCACUCUUCUCGUUGCUUGAGAACCGGUACAGCAAGAAAUACCCCGUAUCACCAGGCGUCUUCAAGCCGACGUCGAAUCCCGAACACUACGAGCGCCUGAUGGAGGAGAUUGAGCGGGCGCCCAAAAAGAGCUGGUUCCAGGCCAAGAUGGACGAGUGGAAGAUGAAGAUCAGGUGGCAAUGAUAUGCCACUGGGACAUGUACGAUAGGGGCACUCGACUUGAGGUCUCCAUGUAAAAUAAUUCGGAUCGGGCGCACUUUGACUGGAGAAAAUCGGUCAUCUGUAGAACAUGCAUCACGUCGGUGGGAAUGGGAUCUAGUAGACAGCUGCUCGCACCGAACAUCGAAGUAACGUUAGCACGCCUGCUGGCUGUAAAUAAGGGCGAAUAAUGACAGAAAGAGAAACAUCAAUAUUACUUUCCCUUUAUGUGAUACAAUCCAGCGCCUUUUCUCGCAUGGGCAGUGCGCAAUCUCAUACGGAUGAAAAGUCGGUCAAGUAUCGCAUGCGCCAAAGUCGUCCAAACGCCUUAGCGCUCCCAUGCCGACAAUAUAAUUCUACAGUGCGUCAGAAUAUCAUUGCUGCAGGAAGAUCCGGGUGGACCGCCUCUUGACUGGGAUUUCCGAAGAC